AUGGCUCGCACGAAGCACCCAGCUACGAGGAACUCCAGGCCGCAGCCCAAAAAGCAGCUACAGUUCGGGGGCUCCCCCGGCCUGGGGCCGCAGCAGGAGACAGGCGGCACGAGUACGUCGGAGGCACCGAGGCGAGGUGGGCGAAGCGCGGCUGCAGCGACGACUCAAGUGGCACCUGUGCAACAGAGGGUGAAGAAGCCGCACCGAUUCAAGCCAGGCACUGUCGCACUGCGGCAGAUCAGGAAGUACCAGAAGUCCACCGAGCUUCUCAUCCCGUUUGCACCCUUUGUCCGUCUGGUUAAGGAGGUCACUAACUUCUGCUCCACCAAGGUGUACCGCUGGACUCCUCAAGCGCUCGCUGCGUUGCAAGAGGCUGCAGAAUAUAUGUUGGUAGACUUAUUUGAAAGGGCAAAUCUCUGCUCCAUCCAUGCAAAGCGUGUUACCCUCAUGCAGAAGGACAUCCAUCUUGCUAGGCGGGGGGCCAAGGUGGUGAUACUAAUGGAAUAUAUUUUCUUCAUCCCAGGGGCAAAGUCCGUUGCGAUACCGAUGGGAGAUAUUUUCUGUAUUGUGGGGUGCAAUGGCAGUGGUGAUAGUGAUCAAAUAGACAAAUAUCAGUGGUGA